GGGGAGGGGAGGAAAGGAGAGAAGGGGAGGGGAGGGGGUGAUACAAUAGGAUUACAAGUUCAAAGAUGAAGCUGACUGGAAUAGCUCUGUUGUGUUUCUCCCUUCUUUUGGUUCAUUUACAUUUUUCCUUGGCCAAGAAAAAAGGAGGGUUUGGUCUCUUUAAGAAGACCUCCAAAACCACUAAUCUGGACACUAAGUCUAAGGGUGGAAUCCUUAAACAGCCUAAAAAACCUGAACAAGGAGGCUACCCUCAGCAACCAGGCCGACCAGGGGGUUAUCCUAACCAAGGAAGUUACCCCCAGCAACCAGGGGGUUAUCCUAACCAAGGAAGUUACCCCCAGCAACCAGGCCGACCAGGGGGUUAUCCUAACCAAGGAAGUUACCCCCAGCAACCAGGGGGUUAUCCUAACCAAGGAGGUUAUCCCCGGCAACCAGGGGGUUUCCCUUACCAAGGGGGUUACCCCCAGCAGCCAGGAUACCCAGCUGGAGGCUAUCCAGCUGGAGGUUACCCAGCACAAGGCUACCCAUAUGGAGGAGGUUAUGGGGGCCACGGCAGUUACGGUGGGUUUGGAGGAGGAUACAUGAACUACAACCCAAACAACAAAGUCCUGAGCCCUCGCUAUGGGGGCAGCUUUGGAUAUGGGGGCCAUGGCACUGGGGCCGGCUCUCCCUUUUCCCACUCAGUUCAGUCGAUGGGCAUGUAUCCCUCUGAUAAAUCCAGAGGGUUUGGACGCAGUGCCGUGAUGGCAGCAGCUGGAGGAGCUAUGGCAGGGAUGGCCCUGGGCUACGGGCUAGGAAGGUUCCCCCGUCCUCCCUUCCACUUCCACAGCCCCCAAGAGGAGUACUACUACAACCACUACAUGUACAGGAAAUAUGGUACCAAGUCUACUGAUAGCAAUGACUACAGCAGAGACUACAGCUACAGCAAACCCCCUGAAACCUAUGAUAGCUACAUGGACUCCUGCAUGAAGAGAACCGACAUUCUGCCUGCGGAGAAUCAAAAGCCAAUCAACAAACCAGUUGUUACUACCACAACUAUAAUUACAACUACUUCUGCAACUAGCACAACCACCGCUGCCCCAGACUCUGGCAUUAGCAGCAACACAACAGAGAGCAACAGCACUGCAGCUGCAAACUCAACGACCUCAUCUUCAACUCCACUCCAUCCAAACAAGUCUGAAGACAAUCCAGUGCCUCCAGCUUCACGGCUUCUCAUAAAAGCUACUACUGAAGAAGAUGAUGAUGAUAAUGAUGAUACGGUUAGCAUUGUGGAGAUUGGCUACCCGGCACUAAUUGAGCAGAUGAAGGCCAGGAGAUGUGUUGAGCUGUACAUGGUAUACUCUGAAAAGUACUUGAAGAAAAAGACGGAGCCCAACACCACUGGUGGGGUGCAGGGACUGGAGAUGGGCUUGCGAGGGCUUUUAGCUGUGAUCAUGAGUGCGACACUGAUGCUACUGAACAGCAACAUGCUAAUGCUGCUGUGCUGAGGUGUGCAACAUAGAAUGUGUUAAAGACAUUAACAGCCCCACAAAGCUACGAGCAUACUGUAGCUGUAGACUCAGUUGAUUUAUUUAUUCAAGCCAACUCUCCAGUGUCAGUGCCUGAGGG